AUGUCCAAAGCUAUUCAAUCACCACCUCAUUCAAUGGCUAAUUAUCCAUUAAAAGUCUUAGCACAACUUGAAAAAACUCAUAAAUUUAAUAAAUUACCUAAUUUAAAAAAUUUUCCAUCAGCGUAUAAAAUAUCUAUUACAAAUAAUAAACUUCGUAUUGCUUGUACAUCGGAUAUAUUUGAUCAUACAACAAAAUUAUCCGAUUCAUGUCCAUUAGCUGAUGUACUUAUUAUUGCUGGAAAUAUUUCACGUAAUUCAAAAUGGACAGAUAUUGUUAGAUUUGAAAAAUGUCUAAAUGAUUUACCAAUAAAAUAUAAAAUUCUCAUUCCCGGAAGUUCCGAUAUUUGUUUUAAUCUUGAAAAUCUUACGAAUGAACAAAUUAAACAAUGUGAACGAGAUAAUAUAAAAAAAGAAUUAACAAUUCGUGGAUUAAAACAUGUAUCACAAUAUUUAAAAAAUGUGAUCUAUUUACAAGAUAUGGGAGUUGAAAUAGCUGGAGUGAAAUUUUAUGGAUCACCAUGGGUUUCAACAAAUAAAAAUGCUGCAUUUUUUUGUCCUCGAAAUGAAAUAAUAAAAAAAUGGAACUAUAUUCCACGUGGAAUUGAUGUUUUGAUUACUUGUCACGGUGAUGCUGAUUAUACUGAAGACCAUAUAGGCGAUGUUGACCUUCUUGGAACAGUAGCAUGUCGAAUAGGACCAUCGUUUCAUGUAUUUGGAUAUAGUCGAGAAGGUCAAGAUUUUUAUUUAAAUAAUAAAUCAUAUUUCAAACAUAUUAUUUUGCUAUAUGUGUUUAUAGCAUUUGGUAUGUCAUUUAAUGGACAUACAUAUUUUAUAAAUGCAGCUAUGUGUACACGGUCUUAUAAUCCAUCAAAUGAUUUAAUUGUAUUUGAUGUUCCUAUGCCUGCAAAUGCAUCGAAAUUUCGACCGAAUAUUAAUUAUUUUACUGGGCUUAUAUAA